CGUUAGUCGACACCAUGGCAGUUUGGCUUCUCUGUCUUGUUUUCAGCGGUUGCCUAGCGUUCCCGGAGAUUCCAACUCCCCACCACCCGGGGCAGGACCUUAUCGACCUUGCCUUGCAGACUCAGGCUGAUUUGAAGGGAGAGAGCAGGAUCGUGGGAGGUGAUGACGCCUAUAUCAAUAACUACCCAUGGCAGGCCUCACUGAGGUCUUAUGGACAACACAUCUGUGGUGCCGUUAUACUUAGUGAGGACUUUGUUCUCACGGCAGCUCACUGCGUUGGAAAUAGCGCGAGUACGUACUCGAUCCGUGUAGGCAGUUCCAGUCGCGUCUCUGGAGGUUCCACACACUCCGUAUCCAAUGUGUUGCAGCACGAAAACUUCCAAAAUUCGCCAAACACUGGCGAAGGCGCCUUUCCAAAUGAUAUUGCCAUCAUGAAGUUAAGUUCUUCAAUUUCGUUCAACUCAAACAAACAACCGAUAAGUUUGACAUCCGCUACUAACGCCCAACUAGCAGGCUACAAUGAAGAGGACUGUGUGAUUACAGGAUGGGGUAGAACAAGCAGCGAUAGUGAUUUACCCACUCAGCUCCAGAAGACCAACGUUAAGGUACUGACUGAUGCCGUUUGCACACCAUAUAUUGGUUCCAAUUACCUGAACGGAGACAUACAUAUUUGUCUGGACGGCGCAGGAGCCUCAGGAAGCUGCAAUGGUGACAGUGGAGGUCCUUUGGCGUGUAGAGUCGGUAAUGAAUUUGAACUUGCUGGUGUGACGUCAUUUGGACUGGUAGGCUGUCCGACGAACUCUCCUUCAGUAUACGCCGAGACGUACGCCUUCAGGACCUGGGUCCAAAACGCCAUGAAAAGCAUGUAAUCUUAGUUGUAAUCAUGUUAUUUCAACAGUAAAGAUAUAUCAAGCCUC